AUGCUGCCGAAGCUGUUGAACAAGCGCAGUAGUUGCCCAGCACUGGACCCAGCAACUAGACAGAUAGCAGGACCACAGCCAAACGCGGACAACAGAAAAGAUGGGGAGCAAACCGAGUUGAACCCAACCAAGAAUCGGCCUGGGAGUAUCAAAGUAUUGUCUGAGAUACGCAGUGCCAUCCGUGCCAUCAGACAAACCACAUACAAUUGCUCGGACAACUCCAACAUCCUUGAAUGGAAUCAAAGGCGCUCUUCAUCCCCAAAUGCAGACAGGAAAUACGUGAGCCAUGGCGUGGGCGGCAUGACAACACCAAUUCCUUUGCACAAAAGCAGGGGUUUGUCACCAAAGGCUCUCGCAAAGCGGCUCAGAUUUGAGAACUUUGGAACUUCAACCAAUGCAACAGUUGUCCUUCGAGGUUCUUCUUUGCGACGACGAACGUCUCUGCAAGCCAUGCCAAGCUCUCCCUCCUUGCCUCUUGGUGAUGCUGUUAGCUCGAUUUCAUCGCUGGCUACCGACAAAUCGUCCGUCGUUGGGAACAACUCAACUCGUAAAACAUCUGUGGAUUCUAGGGUUUCGCAAUCAACUUCCAACAAAGCAAGUCCGAAACGACGUCGGAGCCGUAGGCAUCCGUGGUCCAGAUCUAGUCCGGAUGCUGGCACGUUACAAACCAUCGACGAGGGGCUAUAUCAACCGCAGCCCACAAUCCUCACUGUUGAGAAAGCAGCAGGCGCCAAGGUGUAUCUUGAAACCUACUUCAAUAAUCUUCUAAACAAACCGAACGCUCGGGCUACUCGCCAACAAUAUCUGGAAUCCCAGCUCUACUACAGUCCGCAUUUGGAUCUAGAUGAAAAGGAUGUCAUUAGACGAUCGUUUUACUACCAGGAGACGUGCCACUCCAGAGAGACACGAGUAAUGAGAACCAAAUCUCUACUUUCUCUCGAUCGUCAAGACCUUUCAUACGCGGAAAAUUACGAUUGCCUUAAAGUGCUUGGCCGAGGCAGCUUUGGGGUUGUCAAAUUAGUACGUGAAAAAGCUAGUGAGGCGCAUGCGUUCCCUCGGCAAGUUUUUGCAAUGAAGAUCAUACGAAAGUCGGAGAUGCUUCGGAGCUGCCAAGAAGGACAUUUAAGAGCAGAGAGGGAUUUUCUUGUCGCCUCAGAAGGUUCCAACUGGAUUGUACCAUUGGUAGCCAGUUUCGAUGACCUGACAAGUCUUUACUUGGUCAUGGAAUACAUGCCAGGUGGAGACUUUCUUGGUCUACUGAUUCGAGAAAACAUACUUCCCGAGUCAGUGGCAAGGUUCUAUAUUGCUGAAAUGAUCCUGGCUGUUGAGGAGGCGCAUCGACUCAAGUUCAUUCAUCGUGACAUUAAGCCUGACAACUUUCUGAUAUCGGCAUCUGGACAUUUAAAGAUAUCGGACUUCGGGCUCGCAUUUGACGGACACUGGUCUCAUGACCUUUCAUAUUACAACUGCCAGCGUUACUCUUUGUUGGGCAGACUGGGUAUCCGUGUGGAUGGUGAUGCAGAGGACCGAAAGAAGUCUGCCAAUAUUAGUUCGCAGAUCCCCUGGCUGCAAGCAAUGAAGGACAUUUUGGACCGCCACGAACGGAAAAGUAGCAUUGGCAUCAUUCUGUAUGAGUGCCUUUAUGGGCAUACCCCUUUCUUUGCCGACGAUGGUCGAAAACAGACGAAGAGCAACAUCUUGAUCUUCUCGUUCCCACAUCGACCUUUAAUCAGCGAUAAAUGCAAGGACUUGGUAUAUCGGCUGAUUCAGGACAAGGAGCUCCGGCUAUGCUCGAGGCGGUACCAAAUGAAAGAUCGCUGCCAGGUUGACAAUAGACGAUAUAUGGAUGUCUUUGAAAGACAUGUCUUUCCAGAUGAUGCGGAAGAUAUCAAGUCUCACCGCUGGUUCAAGAAUUUUCCCUGGGACCGUGUUCAUGCCAUCAACCCGCCGUUUGUGCCACACAUAACUAGUCUUGAUGACACACAUUAUUUCGACGAGUCGGAUCCUUUUACAGAGCCCAUGGCUUCCUCUGAGAACGAGACAGUGGACCCGACACCUGAUCAUAUUCGCUGGGUGCUGCGAGAAUGCCGGCCUGUGGUUCAGAAUUUGGCGAUCGAGCUGAUUGCAACCCCAUACGAUUCGGCAAGACUGCGUAGUGCUGAUCGCAGGAUUGACCGAACUUUCAAUAUCACUCCUGAAGAGCGCAAGACUCUCAAAACAUUCAUUCUUGAAGGGGGGAAGCGCGAGCAACGCUUAGACGAGUAUGAGAUCCGAGCAUGA